UCCGGUCAACAAUUGUAGCCCGAUAUUAUUUGCUGCUUUUUGUUUAUUUAAAAGCAGGAAAGGAUUCGCUCUUCGAUGUAGAAAGGCAGCUAAAGUUCAUUUGGACAAGAAAUAAGCACAUCAUGAGGUUUAAAACAGGAAAUCUAGUAUUCAGGUAGAGCAUGUGUAGUUUUAUUUUGUCUUAAUAUCUGCUAAAUGUCUAGUAGAUCCAAAAGUAGUAAAGAAUGUGUUCUAAAAAGAUGCAUUUGAUUCUUAAAACAACAGGUUUAUAAUGCAAAAUCAUUCCUCAACAUAAUUUUGCAUUAUGUUCAGGAAUUUCUUUGCUUUCUACCUUCAGUUUCACAUAAUUUGCAUCUGAUAGAAAACACCUAUCCCUGCAGCAUGUUUAAUUUUUUUCAAUGCCUGUUCUUUCAAGUUAAUAUAUGCACAAUGACUGACCUUACAUCUUUAAGAGACAUAAAUGUCUGAUAUUGUUGUAAAUGAAAGCAUGCUUUUAUUGUGAAGACACAGAGCUGCUGUCCCUUCUUCCUGACCUUGGUGCUAAGCCAUGUAAAUACCUCCUCAUGUUUACGUGUUUGGAGUGCACAGCACUCUUCAUGGGUAAUCCACUGUCACUCAGUUAUAAUGAAUGGACAGAUUCACAGAUUUACAGUAAGCGGUAUAAUUGUUGUCAGUAACGUCUGCCUCUGCUUAAAGACUUCUUAACCAGAUAUUUGUAUUGGAAAGAUCAUUUUUCUCUCAGUCUGACAUGAAAUCAGACUAAAAACUCUUCCUGUUUCUAGAUCUGUUAUUACUGCCAAAAUUAAGUCUGUUUGUUGACAGUUUUUAUAUUACUUCUCCUAAGUCAAUAAGAUUACUCAUUUUAAUUACUAAAACUACUAAUUGAAUGAUUAAGCCUCCGAUUGGUUCGUUAACAAUUUUUUGAGUUAGCUGCAGCCAAACCUGUGGAUGUAUGUUAAGACAACACAUCGCUUCCUUGUGUGACAUCAAAAGGAAAUAUAAAUAAAAUAAAUCAGUGAAGUCACUAGGAAGAGGACUGUAGACCUUCUAAAAACCUGGUUUUCUUUCGGAGCAAUUUCCUGAUUGCCUGCAGGUGCCACACUUAUUUGUUAAAACAUUUAUAUGCAGUUAUAUAAAGCAUGAGAAUGUCUAGCCGUCACGCCAUUUAGGAAGCAGACGGAUUCUUUCAGAGAUUAUUUUGGUGCAAAAUCAGUGCAAAACAAAACCAAAAGGCCUUGUCAACAGCAAAAAAUAAAUAAAUAAAUAAAUAAAAAGAUUGACAGAUUAUAUAGUUUGCAAAUUAUAGAAACAUCUAUGCAAAGAUGUUUGUUGACUUUAGUUUGCCAUUUAAUUAAAUACUACCAAACAAACCAUUACUGAAACUGAACAACCUUGGGUUAAACAACCCAGUAUGUAAAUGAAUACUGGACUUUUUAACCAAACCGCUCCCAGAGCGUGAAAACAGGAGAGCACACCUCCACCACCAUAUGGACUAACAAAGGAGUUCCUCAAGGCUGUGAGCUCGGUCCACUACUCCACUCCCACUCAUCCAAUCACAAGUUUGCAGAUGAUGCAACAGUUACAGCUAAAAACAAUGAGUCUUUAUACAUGGAGGAGUUUGAGCAAUUGAUAGCGUGGUGCUAAAAUCACAAUUUAUUUCUAAACAUCAUGAAUAAAAUAAAUAAUUUUGAGAUACUUGCAAUUUCCAACAGCAGCACCUCUUCUACCUGAGGAAGCUAAAGAGAGCCGAACACCUAAAGAGGCUCUUGAUAAACUUUCAGAACAAUGCUGUCCAAAGUUUGUUUGUUAUUGAAAUAAUCGGGACCAACCUCCUGCGGAUCUCCUCUUCACGCUACUUGAGAGACCAGUACCAUGCAGCACAUCAUCUGUUCCCAGGGAGAAGAUACAGGUCCAUCUCGGUCAGAACCACCUUGAUGGUCAGCAGUCUGUACCGCGCUCUCUUACUGCAGGAGGAGCUGGUGCACUUCACAAAACAGAUGGCAUCAUGAGAAAACCUUGUGGAAAUGUUGAAACAGCAGCUUAAGACAUAAAUGAUCACACUACAAAUCCGACUCAAUCGGUUCUGUAAGGAGGAAUGGGACAAAAUUCUAUCGAACUAUUGUGAGAAGGAGACCUGAAACAUUUAACCAAGUCUCACAUUAUUAAGGUGAUACCACAUCCUGAAGAAAUGCUAACAUCUGACUUGGAAGAAUUUUUUUUUUUGACAAUUGGCAAACAGAAAUCAAAAUGUUUUUACAGUGUAUAUUAACAUCCGGUUUCAACUGCACGUAGGCAUGUUUGCAAUGUUCAUUUUGCAUAAUUCAGAUUCUCAUUUACAAAUUAUGUGUUAGAUAAUCACAACUAAAACUAUGUAUCGGUUUAAGAGCUGACGAUGCAGGUAACUGUGUUCUAUAAAUAAAUGCUCUUAAUGUACAAAUUUCAUUUUGAAUAAAGCAAACAGGAGGAAGUUUCACUUCAUGAGCUUAUUACUAGAGGGAAAGUUGAGGUUCUUGGUUAGUGCAGGUGCAGCAGAUGGAAGCAGCGUUAAGGGAUUACAGUAACUCCUUUAGCGGCGUGCAGUCAGUGAGAUUAUAGUGUCCCGUCCUCCGUGAGGGGAGGAUGGCUCAGGGAGAGGAGGAGAGAGGAGAUCUGUGCAGCUCGCAGCUCCUCCAUCCGGUCCUGAGUCACAUGUCCUCUACGCUGCUGCUGCUGCUGCUGCUACUACUGCAGCACACUGGGAUACCUGCCUCGAUUUUCUGGACUGCACAGCCACCAGCGUGGGGAGUGUCGUUGAUGCAGCUCUAAGGGAAGCACGCCUUAGGUGUCCCCACCAGUCUGCCAUGCUGAUUACAUGGUGGUAUUUAUACCUAGCAGCUCGGAGCUUCGCCGAACAAACACUGAGAAUGGCUUCAGUCCUGCAAAAGCUGAUCACCCCACUGUUCACCGGCACUCCCGAGCCUCCCAGGAACAAAGUGACGGUAGUGGGUGUGGGUCAGGUCGGCAUGGCCUGUGCUGUCAGUAUCCUGCUCAGGGAGCUGGCUGAUGAGCUGGCCCUGGUGGAUGUGGUGGAGGACAAGCUGAAGGGAGAGAUGAUGGACCUGCAGCACGGCAGCCUUUUCCUCAAAACCCCCAAAAUAGUCGCAGACAAAGAUUACUCAGUCACAGCAAACUCCCGCAUCGUUGUCGUCACAGCCGGAGUCCGACAGCAGGAGGGGGAGAGUAGGCUGAACCUCGUUCAGAGGAACGUCAACAUAUUCAAGCACAUCAUCCCUCAGAUUGUACGAUACAGCCCCGACUGCAUCAUCAUUGUUGUUUCCAACCCGGUCGACGUUCUGACCUACGUGACCUGGAAACUGAGUGGCCUUCCGAAGCACCGCGUCAUCGGCAGCGGCACCAACUUGGACUCGGCCCGCUUCCGCUUCCUGAUGGCGGACAAACUUGGCAUCCACUCCAGCAGCUUCAACGGGUGGAUCCUGGGAGAACACGGAGACACCAGUGUGCCUGUAUGGAGCGGGACGAAUGUGGCCGGAGUCAACCUGCAGACACUGAACCCCAACAUCGGCACAGACUUUGAUGAAGAGAACUGGAAAGAAACUCAUAAGAUGGUGGUGGAUAGCGCGUAUGAGGUGAUCAAGCUGAAGGGUUACACCAACUGGGCCAUCGGUCUGAGUGUGGCCGACUUAACCGAGAGCCUCAUGAGGAACAUGAACAGAAUCCAUCCGGUCUCCACUAUGGUGCAGGGCAUGUAUGGGAUCAGCGACGAGGUGUACCUGAGUCUGCCCUGCGUGUUAAACAGCGGAGGCGUGGCCAGUGUGGUCAACAUGACCCUGACGGAUGAAGAGGUGGCCCAGCUGCAGGCCAGCGCCAACACGCUGUGGGACAUCCAGAGGGACCUGCGGGACAUCUAACCCACCACAAGGGGGCGAUGCAGAAGCAUCUCCUCGGUUCGGUUGCUCUUCACUCUGCAGUCUCUGAAAACCGUUCGGUUCCACUCGCUGCGCCUCACUCACUGCUUCCUGUAGAUUCUUAUCAUAUUUAGCCGUAGGUGUCAUUUUGAACAAUUAURAAUGUUCGUGAGGAGAUCGAAGGUGGAAAAAACARAGGGAAAUGUCUUGAUGUACAUGCUCGGACCCACAAAGCGUUGCUUUGAUGCAAAAUAAAGAAGGUUUACUGGG